UUGAGCCAAAUUUACAAGAAGACUCUGAGCUUCUUCAAGAAGCACCCAUGCCUGUGGCAGCUAAAGGUUGUCAAAGCAAUUCUGAAGGGUGACAGAGAUGUGACUUGCAUUUCUGGAACAGGUUCUGGAAAGACACUGACAUUCUGGAUGCCGUUACUAUUUGCAUCCAGAAUUCAGAUCAUAGUCACACCUUUGAAUAUCUUAGGGAAGCAAAAUGAAGGUGACCUCCGCAAGUUGGGUAUUCCAGCAGUCACACUUACAGGGCAAACUUCUAACCCUGCAAUUUAUCAGUAUUGUGCCAUUAUUGUUAGCUCCGAGGAGCUCAUAAAGGAGAAUGGAGGUUUUGAGAAGCUUUGGAAGAAUGAACAGUUUACUUCUCAAAUCAUC